AUGAGGCAAGAAACUUUUAACGUGCUGCCUCCGCGCGGCGGCCCUCCCUCGCAUGCCAGUGUCACUCAAUUCCUGUCGAGUCUCCUCCCUCCGGCCGCGAAUGAUGUCAACUUUCUCUACCACACUCCUCGCCAUCCCGCCUACGAUCCUUCUCGCACCGUCGUCUCCCGCGUCGUGCUGAGCAUAGCACCCACUCCCGGUGUAUACGCCGCUCUCAACACCGCCUCGUCCUCCACCCCGCCUCUCUGCGUCCUCCACCGGCCAUGGCAGCUCGACAGGCGCGCCGUCCCCAAGGGCACGCUCGUCAUUGCCAGCCACACCUCCCUCGACAUGUACCUGACCGUGGGCUGGAACAUCACCCUGGCAGGCCGCCUGGGCCUCCACAUCCCGAGCGCUGUGUGCAUCCAAGGCUACAAGGGCGACCCCCAACGGCGAAUCGGCAUCGUUGCAAAAGUCCGGCCCGGCGUGACCCCUUCCCUGGGCAGCCUCACCGACGCCGUGAGGCGAGAGUUUGCCGGCGCCGGUGACCUGCAUCUCCCCGCUGGAGCAGCCCUCGGCUCCGACUCUCGAAUUGCCGUCGUCGCCAUCAUGAACGCCUUCCACCCCGACGAAAUCAACCGCGUUGUUCAUGCUGCCAAGGAGGCAAAGUGGAUUGGCGAGAACGACGACGCCUCGAACGUCCUGUAUCUGACGGGCGCUGCGCGAGAUUAUGGCCUGGAGGCUGCAGCUGCCGCCAGCAUGCCGGCCAUCUGCGUGGGGCACCGUUCCUGUGAGGAGUGGGGCGUCCGCUUUCUGGCCGAGACGCUCAAAGAGCAGUGGCCUGAGCUUAGCGUCGAGGAGGUGCUGGAAGAGGAGGAACCGCGUGCUGGCCCCAAGAAAGCCAAAAAUGCCACCGAACGUGUACCCUUGCGUGUCGAAUCUUGUGCGGCACAAGCUUGA